ACAGAAGUCAAGAACUGAAUCAAAAACAAACUACAAAAUCAAGGCCCAAAAGAUUUCAGACACAUUCUCUCUCUCUCCCCCCUCCUGUCUCCCUAUCUCUCUCUGUGUCUAUCUGUGCUUCGUUUUCAUGGCAGAGCAGCUGACGGAGGAGCAGAUCGCGGAGUUCAAGGAAGCUUUCAGCCUCUUCGACAAGGACGGCGAUGGCUGCAUAACUACCAAGGAGCUUGGAACGGUGAUGAGGUCUUUGGGACAAAAUCCUACGGAAGCUGAACUCCGCGAUAUGAUCAAUGAGGUCGAUGCUGAUCAGAAUGGAACAAUUGAUUUCCCCGAGUUCCUGAAUUUGAUGGCGCGUAAGAUGAAGGAUACCGAUUCAGAAGAGGAACUCAAGGAAGCUUUCAAGGUCUUUGAUAAAGAUCAAAAUGGCUUCAUUUCUGCUGCAGAGCUCCGCCAUGUAAUGACAAACCUCGGAGAGAAGCUAACGGAUGGGGAGGUUGAUGAGAUGAUCCGGGAGGCCGACAUGGACGGCGAUGGCCAGGUCAAUUAUGAGGAAUUUGUUAGAAUGAUGUUAGCCAAGUAAAAUCCAUGGAAUCCAUUCGUCUGUAUCUAUGAGUUUCUUAUGGUUCCUCUGGAAUGAACUACAAAUUAUGGAUCUCCGGAAAUAUUCGAUUUGCUCGGAUGCUACCGGGCUUGUUUGACAGUUAAUCUGCGGUUGCUUUCAAUGAGCUCGUAUGUCUUAAAAGUG